CACCUGGCUGACCAACCGCACCGAGAUGACAGCGAAGGUGUGUUUCCUCCUUGGAUUGGUGGUGUUGGUUGGGGCUGACAAAAGACCUCAGCCAGCCUACUCUUACUCAGCUCCUCAGGACUUCAGCGAGGAGUCCUACGAAUCGACUGAGGCCAAGUAUGAGUUCAACUACGCCGUGAAGGACGAGUACUCCGGCAACGACUUCGGCCACCAGGAGUCCCGCGACGGUGACCGGACUGACGGCUCUUACUACGUGCUGCUCCCCGACGGCCGCCUGCAGAGGGUGACCUACUACGUGGACGGCGACUCGGGCUUCGUGGCGGAGGUCAGCUACGAGGGUGAGGCACGCAAACCAGAGUCCUACAGUCCCCCCAAGCCUACCUACGCCCCUCCCCAACCUACCUACGCCCCCCCUAGGCCUACUUACACCACCCCCAAACCCCCCAGGCCUACCUACGCCCCUCCCCAGCCUACCUACUCACCCCCUAGACCUACCUACACCACCCCGAAACCCCCCAGGCCUACCUACGCCCCUCCCCAGCCUACCUAUGCCCCUCCCCAGCAGACCUACGCCCCUCCCCAGCCUACCUACGCCCCCCCUCGCCCAACUUACGCCCCUCCCCAGCCUGUCUACGCCCCCCCUCAGCCUACUUACUCCACCCCUCAACGGACCUACGGCUUCCCUCAGUAAGGAGUCACCGUGGAUACAUCAGUUCCCCCUCGUUUAAGACCAUUCUCCCUUCCGUCUCUUUUACAAGGGUCUCCCACUGUUCCCUCUCAUAAGACUCCCUCAGUACUUCACUCCCUCCCCCUCUCCCCCUUGUAAGAACCGUUCGUUAUGUCCCUCACUCUUUCCCCUUCUCCCAUCUCUAACUUAAGGGUCUUUCCCAGUUCCCCCCCUAACUUAAGAGCCCCCCCCUAACACCCACCUCCUAUCAGCACUCCACCAUUGCCCUCAUUACUCUCUUUCCCUAUUUAUAAGAACGCUUCCCUUCUCCCCUCACUACCUUAUGAACCUCCCUCCCUUACCCCUGCCUCAAUAACUCCUUCCUUACCCCGCCUCCCUGUAGAACCCCUUAGACCUUCAAAGGCUGCCCCCUCUCUCUUUCCCUUCCCUCCUUUCCUUCCCCUCACUCAAUGAACGCUGUGCAAUAUUUUGAUAAGCUAUAUAUUGAUAUCUUUUAUACGACUGUUUGUGUACGACUGAGUCACUUUUGCAAACCACUGUACUAUAAGAGCUUAAGUUAUUCUGGGAGAUUUAAUUCCUUUGUGUGUUUAAGGAGACUUGAUUCCUCUGCAUAUUUUAGGAGACUUUGAUUCCUUUACAUGUCUUGCGAGAUUGGAUUCCCUUGUAUAGUUUGGGAGAUUCGAUUCCCUUGUGUACUGAAGGAUAUUUUAAUUCCUUUGCACAUUUUGGGAGACUUGAUUCUUUGGUAUGUUUUGGGAGACUUUGAUUCCUUUAUAUGUCUUUGGAGAUUUAAUUCCUUUAUAUAUUUUGGGAGACUUAAUUCCUUUAUAUAUUUGGGGAGACUUUGAUUCCUUUAUACGUCUAUGGAGAUUGAUUCUUUUAUGUGUUUUUUGAGACUUAAUUCCUUUGCAUAUUUUGGAAAAUUUUGAUUCGUUUAUCUAUUUCGGGGGACUUGAUUCCUGUGCAUAUUUCAGAUUUGAUUCCUUUGUAUACUCGUAUAUAUAAUUUAGAAUGCGAGUCAAUGCGAUUUUCACAUAUAUAUUUUUAUCAUCUCAUUCUCUUUCCCUGUAAUUUGAGUGUUCCGUUUACUCUCCCGCCUAGGAAUUUUCGAACGUUUGUGGAACGUUUGUGGUUUGUGGAGUCGGUUCUUCGGCGACACUAUUAUUAUUUUUUAUACACGAAAUAAAAGAAAAU